AUGUCGGAAUAUUGGAAAUCAACGCCUAAAUACUGGUGUAAGCACUGCAGCAUCUAUGUGCGCGACACCAAAUUCGAACGACAGAACCACGAGGCCACCGCUAAGCACCAAGGCGCCCUGAAGCGCUUCCUACGAGACCUACACCGCAACCAUGAACAAGAUCAAAGAGAGAAGGAGCGCGCGAAACGCGAAGUUGAAAGAUUGAAUGGUGUUGUCAGCUCCGCGUCUGCGGCCAAUGUCGCGAGUACCAGCAAAGCUUCCGCGGGUGGCAGCGUGCCAGCGCCACCACAGCCGCGCGCUGACGGUUCUCAGCGCCAAAAGCAAUGGGAACAGUUAGCAGAGAUGGGUAUCGAUUUCCCUACAGAGCUGAGAAGAGAGAUGGCCAUGGCUGGAGAGUGGACAGUUACCAACACGAGAAUUAUCCAAGACACAUCGAACGCGGACGACCCAGAUAGCAAGCCAGGCAACGUCGACGCCAUCGCGUCUGGCGUGCGAAAGCGACCAAAGCCUGAAGAGGAAGAAGAAGAGGAGGAGAAUGCCAUAAAAGGGCUUUUCAAGAAACCUAAGAAAUGGGGUCGCGAUACGAAACAUGUCCCCGAAAGCGACGCAGAAUUGGAUGCGCUCCUCAACCGAACCCUCACAAACCCGUCCAAGGUAGAAGAGAAGUCAGAAAAUACCCCUAAGGAGGAAGAUCUACCAAGUGUUAAGAAGGAAGAUCCCUCGCUGGGCAUCAAAAAGGAGACAGACGAGGAUACACCGUUAUCAGAUAUCAAACCAACAGCUGUUGAACAUGUCGAAGGAGCUUCGGUCAAGCAAGAAGAGAACGCAGAGGGCGAUGCCCCGACUGUUAUCUUCAAAAAGAGAAAACCCAAGAAUAUCCGACAAAGAUGA